GGCUCCCGCAGACUCGGGGUUCCCUGCGCCCCCACACGCUCUCUGGUAGCCCAAGGGCGCCUCCAGCCCGACCUCCCCAGUCCACCCAGCCUCCUGGGCGCAGCGGCGUCCUCCGACCUCACCGCCAGUUCGUGGAUAUGGUGACCCUCGCCGGGUCCCGGGUGCCCUUGGCCGAGGCCGCCGUCCUUCGGACGCUCCUGCUCGGCUGGGUCCUCUUCCAGGUGGCUGGAGCCGCAGGGACUAGAGAUGUAGUGGCAGCAUAUAAUUUAACUUGGAAAUCAACUAAUUUCAAGACAAUUUUGGAGUGGGAACCCAAACCCAUCAAUCAUGUCUACACUGUUGAGAUAAGCCCUAGACUAGGAAACUGGAAAAGCAAAUGCUUCUACACAACAGACACAGAGUGUGACCUCACCGAUGAGGUUGUAAAAGACGUGACAGGGACGUACAUGGCGCGGGUCUCUUCCUACCUGGCAAACGCCACCAGUUCUGCAGGGGAUCCUCCGUUCACAAACGCCCCGGAGUUCACCCCUUUCCUGGAGACAAACCUCAGUCAGCCAACCAUUCAGAGUUUUGAACAAGUUGGGACAAAACUAAAUGUGACUGUCCAAGAUGCGCGUACGUUAGUCAGAGUGAACGGCACAUACCUGAGCCUCCGGGAUGUUUUUGGCAAGAACUUAAGUUACAUGCUUUAUUAUUGGAAAGCUUCAAGUACAGGAAAGAAAACAGCGAAGACAAACACUAAUGAGUUUUUGAUUGAUGUGGAUAAAGGAGAAGACUACUGCUUCAAUGUUCAAGCAGUGAUUCCAUCACGGAAAACUAACCAGAAGAGUCCAGAAAGUCCCAUUGAGUGCACUAGCCAACACAAAGCCGUGUCCAGAGAAACGUUAGUCGUCAUUGGCGUGGUGGUGAUUGUGGUCAUCAUCUCCAUCAUCAUCCUGGCUGUGUCUCUGUACAAGUGCAGGAAGGUGCGAUCAGGGCGCCUGGGGAAGGAGCAUGCCCCCCUCCGUACUGUUUAAAGAACGCUCAUGGGUGCUGCCAGCCCCCGCAGAGCUGAUACUGCACUGUGACCAAGAACUUAAGAGAAUAGAAUAUAUGGAAACACAAAUGAGUAUUUGGGAACAGAACACCCUUGGGCUCAAAGAAAGCUCUUUAUCCGACCAGUUCUCACAAUUAGCAUUCUGGUUUCCACGUGAGCAUUAGACACUUUGGAAUGUAAUGAACGGUACAACCAAUUCCGAGUUUUUUAAAAUUUCUGUUUUAACACUAUGGCACCUUUUGCACAUAUCAUGCUUUAGACUGUAUAUUUUACACUCAAGAUGAAACCAGGUCAUCUAAGCAAAAACAAAUGGACAAAUGCCUUAAAAAAUCCUGGGUGGGCUUUUGGAGAACUCUCGAGAGGCUGACUUCAAGCCAUGUGGGAGAGUAAAAUGGAAAUUUGGGUGAACUUUUUCAACAUACAUCUGUGCUUUUGUAAUAUGGUGUUUAGGUUCUUCUUUCUUCUGAGUUCUUUUGGAGGUUCAAAAUAAUUGGCAAACUUUUCUAUGAAUGUGUUAAAUGCAGAAGACUUCUGUUAUGGGCACAUCCCAACAUGCAUUGCAGUUUAGCACUUUACCUGACUUACAUGCUGUUGAUGAAA